CGCCCGGUGCUUCUGGUGCCGGUACCGGAGCCACAACGGCAGCGUCUGGCUGGAGUCAGAGCUGAGCCCCGGGAUUGGGAGCUCCGAUUUGGGCGGAUGCCGAGUGUCACCCCAGCGACGCCGCGGCCACGGGACCCCCCCCCCACCGCCGGCGCCUUGCGGGGAAGUUCCUUCCUGGCUCCUCCCGGGUCUCGGUCGGUGCCGCCGUCCUGGGGCUGCUGCUGUUGCUGGCGGCCGUGGCCGUGGCCUGGCAAGGCGUCCGGGCGGCGGCGUGGGCAGAGCCACACGGUCCCGGCCCCGAGCUUCCCCCAUGGCCCCCGCGCCGGCGCCGCCGUCCCAGUGAGGGGGGUCCCCGAGGAUCCCGGUUGUGCCUCUGCUCCUUUGGGUCCUGGGUCCCGGUCCUUUGAGCGCGUCCCGGUGUCCCCACGGGUCGGGGCUGCGCCGCUGCUGCCUCAGCUCCGCCGUGGCCCCGGUGCUGCCAGAGCGCCCACCGGACUCUCCGGUUGCCAAUAAAAGCGUUCGUCUGCAG